AUAGUGAUCAACGAUUACCUGAAAAAGGUCUAUCCAAAGAAUGAUGCGAAGCCUCCACGACAUUAUCUUUGCCCUCUAAUCAAUGAAACUCUCUGUCAUCCUAUCAAGGAUGAAUCAACCUUUGCGGUGACCGUCUUCAACAGUAACUCGCGAAAGCUGUCGACUGUGGUUACGAUACCAUACUAUUCGAAACAGGUCAUGGUGAGGAACGCGACAGGGGCUCGAAUAGCUGUGGAGUUAGUGAAGACAUUCCAAGUGGAUUCGUUGAGCAACAACAAUCGAGCUCCCUAUGAGCUUCUGCUACCAGUCGAAGUUGGACCAGUUGGCUAUGCCACGUAUAUCGUCGACAACUCAACGUCAAAGUGA